AAGAUCGCCAGUUGUAAUCCGAGUGUCGAAAUGUAAGGUUUAAAAGCGAGAUGGCAAAUUAUCGGAAGGAACCGCCGGAUGGAGGAUGGGGCUGGAUUAUUGUUAUUGGUGUGGCCCUCACCAACAUGGUGAAUCAAUCUUUGGUGUCACUAUUUGGUUUGCUGUUUGGAGAGGAAAUAGAAGCUAUGGGUCAUGGAACUAUGGGGGUUGCACUAGUUAUGAACAUAUGUAGUAUGGUGACGAAUUUCUCGGGAAUAGUGACGGGGCCUUUACUGAAGAAUUACAGUCCCAGGCUUGUGACAUUUAUCGGAGUGCUGCUCACAUCGACUGGAUUGAUUUUAUCCAGCUUCGCCACGAAUCUCGCACAUUUAAUAAUAACUUACAGCCUCUUCACUGGUUUGGGCUUUGGGUUGAUCAUGCCGGCGACCUUCCUGGCUGUGAAAACAUACUUCGAUAAAAAAAGGAGUCAAGCUGUCGGCCUAUCCAUGGCUGGGACAGGAAUUGGACAGAUGCUGAUGCCACAGCUCGUCCGAUACCUUCUGGACGAGUAUGGUUACAAAGGUGCUACCUUUAUCCUAGGCGCACUAUCCUUGCACGGGCUGGUCGGAUCACUUCUAUUCCAACCUGUCCAGUGGCAUGAGAAGAAGGUGGAAGUUGAUGAAACAACAAGUUUGCUGUCCGCCGCUCCAAGUAUUGCUAAAAAACCAGACUCCGUCGUCGAAGUUCCCAGCAAAAGCAAGAGUCAAUUGGAAAACGCAGAAAUAAGCACUUGUGUAAGGAUUUGGAAGAAGAUAUGUCAGAUUCUAGAUUUAGAUUUGCUGCUGGAUGGUGUGUUCAUCAAUAUAAUCAUUGGUUUAGCCGUGGUGUAUACAGCUAGUAUAUCCUUCAGCAUGCUGUUCCCUUUCUACCUGCAGGAAGCAAGAGGCUUGAGUAGGUCAGAGACGGCGCUAAGCAUGUCCCUAUUAUCGGCUGCGGACAUCGUGGCCCGCCUCAGCAUUCCCUACUUGGCGUCCAAAUGUGGGAUGGGAAACCGAAUGACAUUCCUGGUUGGAGGCUUGAUGCUGGCCAUUUGCAGAUCACUUGUGGCGAUGCAGACCACCUUGGAAACUGUCCUAGUUGCAUCUGUCAUCUGCGGUUACGUCCGGGCAGCAACCGUCAUCAACCAAAACCUGACCGUUUCGGAAUACUGCACCAAUGAGAAGAAGUUGCCAGCAGCUUUAGGCCUCAACAUGGUUGCAAAAGGGAUCUUCGUCCUUACGGUCGGUCAGCUUUUCGGCUUCAUCAGGGAUUAUACUAAUAGUUAUAGUAUAUGUAUACAUGUACAGAGCAGUUGCAUGAUAGUCGUGAUGGUGAUCUGGGCUGUCGAGAUGAUGGUGAAGAGAAGCCGAUUAGAUGUUUAGCAAUUUAUGAAUCCUUGCGGAGCCGUAGCAGUUGGAGCCACUACCACCGCCGCCACCCCCGACUCCAAAACCAUCCAGGCCUUGCUGGCGUAUCGCUCGAGAAAAGAGGGGACGGCGUGUACAUUAUUUAUCCGCGGAAUAAGAGUGCAAAUCGGAUUUAUUAGGUUGUUGAAAACAAACGCUAAUUGUGUUUACUGCUCAAGGGUUGUAUAUGUAUAUAUCCGUCCAGAUUGGAGGAGAACCCCGAUACGCGAGAUGCAUGCCUAAGUAGGCAGGCCAGGCCAGGCCGUUUUCAUUUGCAAUACAUCUCGCAAUUUUUCCUCCGCUAAUUCCCAAGUUUGUAUUCCCAAAAGAAGUGUUCCUCCUUUACAAGAUUAGAGAAGCCGCGUGGACACUCCGGCGUCUGCAGCCAUUUCCCACUGACUCGUAAAUUACAUCCAUGGCCCACCCAGUACCCAAUAAGGAAGGAGACACCCGCACAUACAAAACACAUGCCAUUUGCAAAUAAAUUAUAUUACACAAUCA